AUGCGCCACAUAUACCACCGCAAGUUUCUAGCCUACUUAUUAUCUCUUCUACUCUCUCUGAAAUCCGUGUCCACUUUCUUUUUCCCUCCACUCGGCGGAGGCGGUGGCGGCGGAGGAUGUGGCUGUGGUUGCGGAUGUGCUCCAAUGUGUGGCCCAAGCUGUGGUGGAUUUGGCGGAGGCUUUCAACAACCCUGCCUAGCCCAGCCAGCUUUUGCUCAACCAAUGGGGUGUGGAUCGGGUUGUGGCGGAGGCUUUGGCGGACUUGGCGGUGGUCUCGGAGGUGGAUGUGGCUACUCAGGCGGGUGCGGAGGACUUGGAAUGCUUGGGGGAUGUUCUGGAAUGCCAUUUCAAAGUGCGCCUUUUGGUAGUAAUGGAAUUUCUACUCAACCUACUCUGCAGACUACACCAGCGCUUCAGCCGUUUGUUCAAGGGCCAGCACCAACUCAGGUUCAAACACCUGUGGCGGCGGCUCAACCACCUCCACCCGCUCCACCUGAUAACUAUGUUAACAAUCCUAGUCCUAGUUCAGAGCCGGUAUGUUAUUUAAAAUUUAUAGCAUGAUAUAUUAUGUUAGUUAUACAAAAUGAUUUUGAUUUUUUAAGUUAUACUUUUAGAGCGGUUACGAAUAUAAAAGUACAGAAUACGAUCAUGAUCAACAUGAAACACAUCCUCCACCACCUCCGCCGCCUCCUCCUAACCCACCUCCACAUCCUUAUCACAAUCAUCAUACUACUCCUGGCUAUACACCGCAUUCAACAAGCGAUUUCAAUAGCUAUGCCAAUGAUAAUGUAGGUUCAGUUCAAAGUUUUUAUGAUUUUUUUAAAAUUUUUAAAAUUUUUGAUACCUAAUUUUAUAUAAAACUGAAUUUUAUUAUGAAAAAAUAUGAAUUUAGGUCGACAAUCUAAAACCAAGUGACAUAACUUCAGUAGAAACAUUUGGCGACAAACUUGUUGUACCACCGUCUAGUACUGUUGGAUUGGUAAGAUUGGUCUUUUCAAAGGUUUUUGCUUUUAAAAUUUUGUUACAGACAAUGUUAUAGUAAAAAAUAUUUUUUUAAAGAAGAACCAUAAUUUAUAUAUAUGAUUUAAGCCCCUAACAGAAGACUUUUACGAAGACAAGGUGCCUGAAGGCGAGGAAGCCGACUCGAAUUCAACUGGAAACAAAAAAGACGUCAAAAAUGAUGUAGGUUUAUCCCAAUGAUGUUUUAAUACCUAUUUGUUAACUUUUUAUUGAGACUUUAGAGUGAUUGAAAAAAUGAUCUAUUAUAUAAAUUUUUAAAGGAUAAAUUUAAAAAAAAAACGAUAAGAAGUAAAUUUAAAAAAGGGCCUAGUAGACCCUUACACGCCACUCUGAACCAAUAGAAAACGAAUUAUUUCUUUUUUUGACAUUUCGCCGAAUCACGGUUGGUUUUAAAAUUAAAAGCUGAAAAUGUAAGAAAACUUUUAUGAAACAAUUGCAAUUGUGAAAUAACAAAAAUCAUAUAUUUUUAAAUUUACGUCUUUUAUCUGUUGAAAUUUGCCAUUUACCAUUAGUUUCUGCUACAUUUUGGUCAAAAUUGUAUAAAAAGUUUGAAUAUCAGGCGAAAAAACCGACCGAAAAACAAAAAAAAACGAAAAACGAAUAUUAUAUAAAAUUUUAAAUUUAGUUGCUAAGCCCUGAUUACUCGGAAAAUUCAUUCAAAUCAAAGGUGUCUGGUGUACCCAGUGAUCCAAUGGCAGCCGAUCCAGAUGCUACUGGAGACCCAAAGUGUAGCAGUGAGACCCUACGGUUGAUCAUGCAUGAGGUAGGAUAACUUAUUUUGACAAAACAAUAUUUUUUUAAAUUUUUAAUAUGUUUUUAGCACAAAUUUUGGAAAAAAAAAUAAUUUUUUUUUGUUUGAAAAAUUUUAAAUUUCAAUUUUUUUUACAUUUAAAUUUUUACUGAAAGUUCAAAAUUAACCAAAAUUUUUGCAAAAAUAGUCAAAUUUCACAAUUUUUUCAGAACAUAGUAUCAAGCCCCACCAUAUCAAAGCAGUUGAUCUUCAGUGCAGGCCGACUAGCUUUCGGCCAGACCAUUGAUGUUAUCUGUUCGAGAAACAAGUUCAGUUAUACUGUAGUAAGCUCCAAGAUAUUCUGUGAAGCUUCGCGUGGUCGAAUCACUUGUUUUGCGUUUUUGCAGCCUUAA